CCCCGGCAGCUCACCAUCAUCUUCAAGAACUUCCAGGAGUGCGUGGACCAGAAGGUGUACCAGGCUGAAAUGGACGAGCUCCCGGCCGCCUUCGCCGACGGCUCUAAGAAUGGCGGGGACAAGCAUGGGGCCAACAGCCUGAAGAUCACCGAGAAGGUGUCAGGCCAGCACGUGGAGAUCCAGGCCAAGUACAUCGGCACCACCAUCGUGGUGCGCCAGGUGGGCCGCUACCUGACCUUCGCGGUUCGCAUGCCCGAGGAGGUGGUCAACGCUGUGGAGGACCGGGACAGCCAGGGUCUCUACCUCUGCCUGCGGGGCUGCCCCCUGAACCAGCAGAUCGACUUCCAGACCUUCCACCCCAAUGCUGAGGGCCCCGGCGCCCACAGGCUGGUGGCCGCCAGCCCCAUGCCCACGGCCCCUGAGACCUUCCCGUAUGAGACGGCUGUGGCCAAGUGCAAGGAGAAGCUGCCCGUGGAGGACCUGUACUACCAGGCCUGCGUCUUCGACCUCCUCACCACGGGGGACGUGAACUUCACCCUGGCCGCCUACUAUGCCCUGGAGGACGUCAAGAUGCUCCACUCCAACAAAGACAAACUGCAUCUGUACGAAAGGACUCGGGAGCUGCCGGGCGGGGUGGCCACCGCGGGGCUGCCCCCAGCCCCCCGGCCCCUCCUGGGCACCCUAGUCCUACUCCUCGCCCUGUUCCCUGUGUUCUGCUAGGCUGUCGACACGUAGGAUGUAGAGGGAGGCGCGACCCCUGUCCCCAGCCUGCGAACAUCUGCCCCUGGGCUUCUCUGAGGCUGGGGACACCCCUGAGGGUGCAGAUCGCCUGGCGCAGUCCCUGUGGCUCAGCAGCCUCUGCAGGAGUCGCCAUGGGCCCUGGCGAGGGCUCAGGCGCGGGCCCCCUCCCCCUCCC